AUGGUUUGUCUACAAAUAUUCUCAGCAGCUAAUUUAUCUUCUUCUUCUUUGAGAAGUACAGUUAAUGCUGCUAUCCAUAUCCCUAAACUCCCACGUGUAUUCUCAAUCCCACAACUACCAAAAACAAAGCCCCUUCUUGAGGACUUUAUUAAUGUAUCCAGACAUCGUAUUAAUACAGAUCAAUUAGAAAAGAAUAGUGUUGUCCUCACCACACAAUCACAUGACAGGAAUAAAAAUGAUAUUAUUAUUAUUAAACUCUAUGCAGUCUUGGAAGCUGUUUCCGACAGAGUUGAAAUGCAUCACAACAUUGCUCAACAACGGAACAAUUGGAACACUCUUUUGUUAAACUCUAUCAACAUGAUUACUCUUACUGCUACGACUUUGGCUGGUGUUGCUUCUGCUGCUGCAACCACUUGCUCUGAUUCUUCACUUUUGGCUUUGAAACUAUCUUCUGCUCUUUUAUUCUCUGCUGCAACUGGUUUAUUGCUUAUCAUCAACAAAAUUAACCCUUCUCAACUCACGGAGGAACAACGAAAUGCUACAAGAUUGUUUAAACAGCUUCAAAGACAAAUCCGAACCACUAUUGCAAUAGGAAAUCCUAGUGAGGAAGAUGUCAAAGAUGCAAUGGAUAAGGUUUUGGCACUUGACAAAGCUUACCCACUUCCAUUAUUAGGAGCAAUGCUUGAAAAAUAUCCCGCAAAAUUUGAGCCUGCUGUUUGGUGGCCUUCCAACAAAGGAAAACCACAAAGAAAGAAAAUGGGGAAAAUGAAUAAUGGAUGGAGUGAAGAACUGGAAAUGGAAAUGAGGGAAGUUGUUGAAGUGAUAAAGAGAAAAGAUACAGAAGAUUAUAACAGACUUGGAAACCUAGCGUUGAAGAUAAACAAGAGUUUGGCAAUUGCAGGUCCAUUACUCACAGGCAUUGCAGCUGUUGGAUCUACAUUUAUAGGCAAUAAUGGUAGUUCUUUGGCUGCUUUUGUUCCUCUCAUGGCUGGUUCAUUGGCUGCUGCAAUUAAUAGUUUCGAACAUGCUGGCCAAGUUGGCAUGGUUUUUGAAAUGUAUAGAGGUUCUGCUGGUUUCUUCAACUUUUUAGAAACCUCAAUUGAAUCAACUUUAAGUGUGAAAGAUUUAGCGAAAAGAGAAAAUGGAGAGUUGUUUGAAAUGAAGAUGGCUCUGAAGUUGGGAAGAAGUAUAUCAAAUCUGAGGGAACUUGCAUCUAAGUCAGCUUCUUAUAGAAUGGAAGGUGUGGGUGACAUGGGUGAAUUUGCCAGCAAGCUCUUCUAA